GCCUUCCCCUCGCAUUCCGGGCUGGGCGGGCUCUCGGGGCGAGCGGCGGGACCGGCCCGGUGCGUCCCGAUGCGGUGCUGACCGGCCCCGCCGGCCGCCUCCCCUCAGGCCCGAUCCCCUCAGGUUCGGUCCCCUCAGCCGCCUACCGUCAGGCCCGAUCCCCUCAGGCCGGCUCUCCUCAGGUUCGGUCCGCUCUGGCCGGGUCCCCCCGGGCCGGCGGCGCCGUGGGAGCAGCAGCGCGGGGCUGAGGGGCGGCCAUGGGCCGCAGCCGCUCCCGGUCACCGCCGCGGCGGGAGCGGCGGCGCUCGCGUUCCACCUCCCGGGACAGGGACAGGCGGCGGCGGGAGCGAUCGCGGUCCCGGGACAGGGACAGGAGGAGGAGCCGCUCCCGCUCCCCGCACCGGAGGCGAUCCAGGUCCCCGCGCCGGCACCGCUCCAGCUCCUCGUCACCAGCACGGCCCAAGGAGCGCCGGGAUGAGGAGAAGAAGGAGCUCAAGGACUCCAAGAAGGAGCGGCAGAUCACGGAGGAGGAUUUGCAGGGCAAGACAGAGGAGGAGAUUGAGAUGAUGAAGAUGAUGGGUUUUGCCUCCUUUGAUACCACCAAGGGGAAGAAGGUGGAUGGUGCUGCCAAUGCCUAUGCCAUCAACGUGUCCCAGAAGAGGAAGUACAGGCAAUACAUGAACAGAAAAGGAGGAUUCAACAGGCCCCUGGAUUUCAUCGCCUGACGCUGGCACAGGCUCCCACCACGGAAGGAUUUUCUCUUCCCUGCACUCUCCUGGGUGGCUCCCGUGCUGGCUUCCAGUGGAAUUUGGGUUAUUCCCAACAAAUCCCACACCCAGAGCCACCACGAGUUCCCGUUUCCCAGAUAUUUGUUUGGUUGUUUUUUUUUACAAAGGUCAGUUUCUGGCUGGGAUUUUGCUGUGUUCUCCCUGUUUUUGGUUUAUUUCCCUGUUAAUAAAACCCCGGAUGUAUUUUUUCCUUUAA